AUGCAACUCAACGAUGAUGCCCGUUUGGUGAGAAGCAGGAGAAGCGUAACCUAUGUAGGGUCUAUAGGAUAUUUGGAUUGGUGUCUUAUAGAGUAUAUAAAUAUGUUAGAGAUAUGGGAGCAAGUGAAACUGCUUGGGCACAUGGGGAAAAUAUCAUUUAAAAGAGUAGCAAAUGAUGAGUUAGUGGAUAUAGACACGGAUGGUGAGCUGUUAAGUUUGGGUGAUAAGGUACCACUUUCUUAUCAGAGAGUGGUGCUAAUUUAUGCACAACACACUGAAGGGGAAGGUGUUACAGUGAAUGAGGAUUGUGAAGAGGUAGGUGUGGCUUUGAAUGAGGAUAGUGAAGAGGAAGUUAUGGCUUUGAAUGAGGAUAGUGAAGAGGAAGGUGUGGCUUUGAAUGAGGAUAUUGGGCAUGCUACUAAGGAUAUUGGGUCACUAAACAAUGAUGAAAAUGGGGCUUUUACUGAAGGCAGUGGGCCACUGAACAAUGAUAAAGAGGGGAGGCCUUUUAUUGAGGAUCAUGGAUCUGGUUGCACAGUUCAAGAUUGGGAUUCAAGUGAUGAUGAUGGGCUCUUGAACAAUGAGGGUAAUGGAGUUGAUAUAUGUGAUACUAAUGUGGAAAACAGGAAUGAAGACACUGAAGAAGAAGACAAGGAAGAUGACCCUUGUUGA